AUGUCACAAAUUAAUGAUGUUGAUAAUAAUAAUGAUUUAUUACAAAGAUUACCAAUACCGAAUUUGAAUGAUACUUUAAAUAGGUAUUAUAAAAGAAUUGAACCAUUGCAAGAUGAUAAACAAAAUAAACUUUCAUUCAAAAAAAUAUUUUCUAAUGAAAAUAUUGAUAUUUUAAAUGAUUUAAAUAAUAUCUUAAUUUCUUAUGAUCAAAAAUUAUCAAUAACAAAACCAAAGAGUUCAUAUAUUGAAAAAUUUUGGUAUGAUGCUUAUUUAUUAUAUGAUGAAAGUGUUGUUUUAAAUUUAAAUCCUUUUUUCCAAUUAGCUGACGAUCCAACUUUAAAUAGUUAUUAUAAAAAUUAUGAUUAUUUUUAUGGUAAAGAUAAAGAAUUAAAUCCAGAUAUAAAAAUUAAAACAAAUGAAAAGUCAGAAUCAGAAUCAGAAUCAUUUUAUAAAUACGGUGAAUUUACAUUGCAAAUUAAAAGAACAACAAAAUUAAUUUUAUCAAUUUUAAAAUUUAUUAAAGAAAUUAGAAAUAAUAAAUUAAAACCAGAUUUAAUCAAAAAUAAAGCAAAAUUGUCAAUGGAUCAAUAUGAAAAAUUAUUUGGUUCAUCAAGAAUUCCAUCAAGCAAUACAAAUACUAAAGAAAAAAAAUAUUCUUGUAAUCUACAAACUGAUAAAACAUCACAUCACAUAAUUAUAAUGUAUAGAUCACAAUUUUAUUGGUUUGAUGUAUUAAAUAUUAAUAAUGAUUUAAUAUUUGAAAAAUCUGAUGAUUUAGAGUAUAAUUUAUUUUCAAUUAUAAAAGAUUAUGAAAAAAAUGAGACAUUUUAUAAGAAAAAUAUAUCACCAAUAGGUAUAUUUACAACAGAAAAUAGAAAAGUUUGGUCAAAUGUUAGAGAUUAUAUUAAAAAUGAUCAAAAAAAAAAUACAAACUAUAAAAAUUUAAAAUUAAUUGAUAGUGCAUUAUUUAUUGUUUGUUUAGAUGAUAUUUCAAUUGAAGAUGAUAAUGAAUUAUCAAAAUCAAUGCUAUGUGGAACUUCAAAUAUAAAUUUAUCAAAUAAUAUUAACAAUUAUAAAAAUCCAAAUGAAUUAAUUUUAGGUUUACAAAAUGGUACAUGUUUAAAUCGUUGGUAUGAUAAAUUACAAUUAAUCGUAACAAAAAAUGGUAAAGCAGGCAUUAAUUUCGAACAUACAGGUGUCGAUGGUCAUACGGUAUUAAGACUUGCAAGUGAUAUUUAUACCGAUUCAAUUUUAAGUUUUGCAACUACUAUUACAAAUAAUGUACCUACUAUAUUUGAAUCAAAUAAUGAAAAAAUGGUAAAAAAAUCAAAUAAAUUAACUAAAAAUAUUUUAAAUUCAAAUUUAAUUACAAUUCCAAGAAAAUUAGAAUGGAAACUAGAUUCCUUUUUAACUUCAUCUUUACAUUUUGCUGAAACAAGAUUAUCCGAUUUAAUUUCACAAUAUGAUUUAGAAACUUUAGAAUUUAGUGGAUAUGGAUCAACAUUAAUUAAAAAAAUAUUUAAGUGUUCACCAGAUGCAUUUACACAACAAAUAUUUCAAUUAGCAUAUUAUGCUUUAUACGGUAGAUUCGAGACAGUUUAUGAACCAGCAAUGACAAAGACUUUUCAAAAUGGUAGAACGGAAGCAAUUAGAUCUGUUACAAAUGAAUCUAAACUUUUUGUUAAAUCUAUUUUUGACGCUUCCUCCAAUGACUUAGAUAGAAUUGCAAAAUUGCAAAAAGCCUGCUCAGAACACUCUAGAAUUACAAAAGAAUGUUCGAUGGGGUUAGGUCAAGAUCGUCAUUUAUAUGCAUUGUAUUCAAUUUACAACGAAUAUUUUAAGGAUACAAAACCUACUCCACCUAUUUUUCAAGAUAAAUCUUGGUAUUUAUUAAAUACGACAAUAUUGAGCACUUCAAAUUGUGGGAACCCAUGUUUAAAGAGUUUUGGAUUUGGUCCUACUUCUCCUAAUGGAUUUGGUAUUGGAUAUAUAAUUAGAGAAAACUCCAUUUCAAUUGUUGUUUCAUCAAGACAUAGGCAAACUAAAAGAUUUUCUUCAUUAAUUGAGAAAUCAUUUUUGGAGAUUAAACAUAUAUUUCAUAAUCAAUUCAAUCCUGUAGAUAAAUCUACAGACUUGAAUGGGAACUCAGUUAAACUAGCAAGUAUGAACGCUAAGAACAGUUUAACUACUAAAAAAUCUGAGGACCUACGUUAUUUAUUAAGUGGCUAUGAUUAUUUUGAUGUCAAUGUCGUCGGUUAA